AUGAUGCCUUCGGCUCAACCAAUUACGAUGAUUUCUCCACCAACUGCAAAACCCAAAAUUGGAUUCUCAAUUGAUUCAAUUGUUGGAAAAAAUUUAAAAGAUUCAAAUAAUGAUGAUGCAAAUGAUGCGUUGCAUGAAAAUUUACCAAAAUUGCCAACAUCGCCGACUGAUUUGCGACGUGAAUAUUCUCAUAUAAUUCGACGAUCGCGACAAACUUUGACUCCAUCACCACAAAAUGCUGAAGUUGAAAAUAAAUCUUUAAUUACGAGACUGUCUGAAUCAAGUGACCAAGAUGUGCAAAAUAAUAAUCGAGAAUUUAAAGCGUCACCGACAAGAACGCCGUCACCUCAAAAUUCAAGACCUCCAAUUAUGGUUCCAGGCAUUCCCGCCGGAAUGAUGAAUCGACCUUCGUUGAUAGGACCACCUCACAGUCACCAAUUACCUCCCUACACAGAUCUUCCGCCGGGACAUCCACACUUUCUGCAAUUUCAAGCUGCUGCUGCUUUAGUUCAUGCACAAGCAGCUCAAACAGGCUUCAAUGGACCUCUGCCACCACAUCAUCUCCCUCAUCUCCAUAAUCCAAACUUGCCUCGAGACAGCUACCCUCUUUAUCCAUGGCUUUUGAGUCGUCACGGUCGAAUUUUUCCGCACCGAUUCCCAGGAACUUUUCCAGAUUUCCUUCUUCAACCGUUUCGAAAGCCAAAGCGAGUUCGUACAGCGUUUUCACCAUCUCAACUACUAAAAUUGGAGCAUGCCUUUGAGGGGAAUCAUUACGUUGUGGGCGCUGAACGGAAGAUAUUAGCUCAGCAAUUAAGCUUAACAGAAACUCAGGUAAAAGUUUGGUUUCAAAAUCGUCGCACGAAACAUAAAAGGAUGCAACAAGAAGAUGGCGAUUCAAAGUCUGGUAACAAAUCAACCGGAAGCCCAAAGAAUUUCGACUCUGACGAUGGUGAAAUGAUGGACGACGAGAUUGAUAUCGAGGAAGAAGACGAAGACAAUGUGGCAUGA